AACUCCGCUCACCUAACAGCACCAUUGCAGAAAAAUAAAAAAGAGAAAGAAGAAACAGUCAUGGCUAAGUCUAAUGAUUCCAAAUCAUUCCACGCUAUUACUCAUAAACACCACCCAAAACCACAUAAAUAAUCCACUAAGAGGAGAAAAAUCCUGAUAAAGAAAGGGUUUUUUCUCUUUUUCCGUUUUCUCUUCUCCAAUCUAUUCAUCAUCACCAAAUCUUUUCUUGCAAUCUAAGCUACAUUCCAGAGUAUUUAUAGCCUUCUCAGAAACCCAUUACAGAGAUCAAGAAAGGAAGAAUGAAUUCGGUCUGCAUAUCAAGCUGCGUCGAUGACACCCGUGUUCCUGUGCGGGCGAAUUACAGGAAUCUGUACAAGUGGCCAGAGUCAGAUGCAGAGUUCGUGAGAUCGGUGAGUUCUAACUCAAAUGGGAGCAGCAGAAACAGGGGAGUAGGAAAUGGAAAUCCAAGAGUGGUGGAUAGCAUUUCCUGUAGGCAAAUGUACCUAAGGAGUUAUACCUUCUCCAGGAAAGAGACAGUUCCAGAGAAAACUGUAAAGUGUUUUGGGGGAGUGAAAGAGAAAGUGGCUCACAGGAAACAGAAGAAGAAGAAGAAGAAAAGAAAGGGAGGAAGUAGGAAGAAGUAUGCUGUAAUGAGGAAAGUGAAGGAUGGGUCUUGUGCUGCACUCUUCAGGAUUUUUCGCAAGCUACUGUCAUGCACCACUAGCAUCGAUGUGACAGAUCGUUGAGAG